AUGGACUUUAAAUACCUAAUCCUGAUGAUUGCUUUCGCAACGGUCGAGAUAAACUUGACGGAGAGUCGUCAAAAUGAUAAACGAAGAUGGAAAUCAGAAAAAUCUCUGUACUCUCAUUACGUGAACAUUUGUGACAUACAAGAUCGAGUGUCCAAAGUACAUUGUUACUGUGAGAGCAUUAAAAUUAAAACUGCCACUAAAGCCGACUGUUGGGUUUUUAAUGGCGGCAUAGCCGAAGAUGACCCAUUUUGGUCUAACUUUUACUCGCAACCUAAAAUAGAAAGGCUUACAUUUAAUGUACGGGCAGAUGGAGGACUCACCUAUAUACCAGCGAAAGUUAUUAUACGACUCGACAGACUAUACUAUCUUAAUAUUCAAUAUGCAAAUAUUUUCAGUAUACCAUCAUUUGCGUUUACCAAUUCUUCAACAUUGAGAGAAAUAUCGUUACCAAAGAACAAAAUUGCUAAACUCGAGAAAAUGUCUUUUGCCCAUUUAAUAAUGCUUGCUAACGUUAGCCUGACCGAGAAUCAAAUAUCUGAAUUGCAUAGAGAUGUAUUUUAUGUGCUGCCGAAUUUACAAAGGCUUCAUCUAUCCAAGAAUACAAUAAGCGUCCUUCAUGACGGAUGCUUUAAGCAUUUGAAUAAUUUGAUCAAAUUGGAUUUGAACAGCAAUCUGUUGACAGUUGUGAUAAGGGAGAAUUUCUUAGGGUUAUCCAAUUUGAUUACACUAGACGUGAGAUAUAAUAAGUUAUUGAUGAUAGGUGAUUUGGCGUUUGCAGAACUUUGGAGCCUUCAAGAACUUUAUUUAGAUGGAAACGAAAUAGAAUUUAUAUCAGAAAGAGGUUUUGGCGGAUUGACUCAGCUGAAAAAACUUUCUUUAGCUGAUAAUAAGUUAGCUGUUUUGGACGACGGAGUGUUCGAUGACGUGAAAAAGUUGAAUGUUCUGGAUUUAAGAAACAACAACUUGGAAACAUUGAAACAAGAAACGCUAAGAAGUCUUGUAGAAAAUAUGAAAACAAAUUACGCACUAAUAUCUCUCGAUGGUAAUAAGUUCACGUGUGAUUGCCGACUGUCGUGGUUGUAUCAGCUCCGGAACGAAACAAGAAGCAAGCGAGUACGAGCCUCUUUAGUCCGAUUGAAUUGUAUAAUGGACACCAAACUUAAAGCAAAUUUAGGUAACAUAAAGGUACAGAAAUCUGAGACAUCUCUCAGGGUGAACAAUGGUGCUUAUAAAAUUGAGAAAACAGACGAUGAUGACGAUGAUUUUGAUGAAGAUCAUGUUUAUGAAGAUGCUAUGCAGGACCAGGAGAACGGUUUAGAUUCACUUAAGAUAGAAUAUCGUAGGAAGCUAAUGGAAAUUCCAGUUGACAUGCUCCCUUGUGCUAGCAAACUCAGCUAUGAGGCUUCCUACUCGCCGCCGACGCAAGACGAAGUCAAAUAUUAUAAAACUUCAGGAUGCGAAAAGCGCUUUCUCUCCAUCUUUAUUUUGAUAUUAUUAUGCACUCUAGUAAAUAUAAUGUAG